CUUAAGUCUUAAUCCACCUUUCUUUAACUCAAACAACCGAAAAAGCCUUGCCUUAACUCAUCGCAAAAUGGCUGCUAAAGCACCAUCGGAUGAGCUCCAAAAGCUCAGUGUGAGCGAAGGAGCCACCAACGGGAAGGCUGCCGCAGGAGCCAACGGAACCAAGGACGGCGAUGCUGCAGAGCAUUCCGGCGAAGAUUCUGAAGAUGACGCCGACGAUCAAACCGCCGAACCUGCGCCCGGAGCUGCCAAGAAGAAGAAGAAUAAAAAGAAGAAGCCAAAGAAGAAGAAGAAGGCUCCUACUGCCCAGACAGACCCUCCGAGUGUCUUGAUGUCCCAAUUGUUCCCGAACAACACCUAUCCCAAGGGUGAAGAAGUCGAAUAUAAAGAUGAGAAUCGCUAUCGCACUACUAGCGAAGAGAAACGGCACUUGGACAACUUGAACACCGACUUCCUAGUUGACUAUCGCCAUGCUGCCGAAACCCAUCGUCAAGUUCGCCAGUGGGCUCAGAAGAACAUCAAGCCUGGCCAAAGCUUGACCGAGAUCGCUGAAGGGAUUGAGAACAGCAUCAGGCGCCUAGUUGGCCACGAUGGGCUAUCAGAAGGUGACGCUAAGGUUGCCGGAGUCGGCUUCCCGACGGGCUUAAACUUGGAUCACAUUACUGCCCACUACACCCCGAAUGCUGGGAACAAGACUAUUUUGCAGCAGAGUAAUGUCAUGAAAGUAGACAUUGGCGUCCACGUCAAUGGUAGGAUCGUCGACAGCGCAUUUACCAUGGCGUUCGACCCAAUGUAUGACAACCUGUUGGCAGCCGUAAAGGAUGCGACCAACACAGGUAUUAAGGAGGCGGGCAUUGACGUCCGUCUUGGCGAACUUGGUGGAUACAUCCAAGAGGCCAUGGAGAGUUACGAAUGCGAGAUCAACGGCACUACAUACCCGAUCAAAUCAAUCCGCAACCUUACUGGCCAUACUAUCUUGCCGUAUAGCAUCCACGGGACCAAGAGCGUCCCCAUUGUUAAAACGAAUGACAACACGAAGAUGGAAGAAGGCGAUGUCUUCGCUAUCGAGACCUUCGGCAGUACCGGAAACGGUUAUGUCCACGAUGAGGGAGAGGUCUCCCACUAUGCUCUACGUAGCGACGCCCCCAAGGUUGAUCUACGUUUGUCUUCAGCCAAAUCCCUUCUGAACGUUAUUAAGAAGAACUUUGGUACUAUUCCGUUUGCACGAAGAUAUUUAGACAGACUCGGCCAGGAGAAAUACUUGCUGGGGCUGAACAAUCUCGUCCAAUCUGGUAUUGUAGAGGACUACCCCCCUCUACUGGAUAAGAAAGGGUCGUACACGGCCCAAUUUGAGCACACUAUUUUGCUCCGACCUACCGUAAAGGAGGUUAUUAGUCGUGGCGACGAUUACUAGAUGGAAUUAUGAGGUGGGUGAUGACGGGUUAGUAACCUGUAUUAUAAAGGCGACUUGUUCCUUGAUAGGCUAGUCCUAUUAUCCCAAUAUUCCAAUAUGAAUGAAUUUCUUUAAGACUUGGGUUAUUGUUCCUCGUUGAGGGAUGUGACUUGUAAAGGAGCCACGUGAUUCUUCACAGAAUGAGCAAUUGUGCGCACAUCAGUUGCUAAUAUGAAGCUGUAAACAAAGGUUCGAGUGCCGUGUAUCAUAUUCGCUAUCGAGUCUCAACGCGGACACUGUUAUAUUUUCUUUAUUUCUUU